GAAUUCCUAAACAUCACUUCAUUGAGUUCGCCACGCUUGGCUGGGGAGCCCCUCUCAACGGCCAUUCUACCGUUGCGCUUUCCACUGCCGAAGCUCCCGCACAUGCAUUGAAUCGUUAGCGUCGCGAGAUGACCAACCGAUCUGCCGCUUUGCAUUGAUCUUUCAGCCGGUUUUCUAACUAUUCGCAUUUCAGUCGCUCACUGUGAUUGUCGUGUGUUGUUCAUAACCAAUAUUUCAAGCUUGUUGUAUUUUUUGAGUUCGCGUGAGUGCACCGAGUUUCGUUGACUGCGCGUUAUUAACAAAUGAAUUAAGCAAAUUAAAUUGUACAUAAAAAUUAUAAUUUUGUAAUUAAAAAUAAUUUGUAUUGUUUUUCACGAACAGUGUAGUUGUACGCGCCGAUCGAUUCAGUGUUCGAACGAAUUGAGGAAGUGAAGUGAUCGCUUUGAAAGCAACGAAACCUACAAGCAACAAAAUUAUCAAAAUACAAAAGUGAUCUUGCUUAGUUGGUUAAAAAAAAACUAAAAAACUGAAACUAAACCAUAAACAGCAACAACAAAUACAAAUAGCAAAGAUGGCAAAGUACACCAAACUGGAUCAUAAAUAUCUUCUGAAACUAAUCACAGUUUUAACUGUUCUAGUGCAAGGAACGCUCGGUCAAUCGUUUUUGCUCAGUUUGGGACAAAAUCAGCGAAACUUCUUUUCGGAAGGCAAUUCACAUGAAACGUUUUUGAAUCAACCACUUAACGAACGUCUAAAUUAUACGGAUACAGUGCCGAACAUACAUUUGGAAACGCGUGGAGAGUUUGAUGAUAACAACACCACGAUAAUUGUUAUAAAGAGUAUACACGAACAAUCCAACGAAUUGUCACAGACUGCAAUGGACAUCAUAACCAUAGUUUGGUAUGUGGCCACAUUUCUGGCGCUGGCGGCAUUCUUCCUGCUCAUGGCCUGCUCGGAUAGACGCUGCACAGAGACCCGAGGCAGCGUGCUGCGCAACGAAACGCCAAUUGCACCGCCCACACCCUCGCCCUCGUACAGCGAAUUCGCACCGCCCAGCUACGAUUCAGUGAUCAAAAUGCAGCACGACGCCAAAACCAGCGUCUUCGUUAUACCUUUCGCGCCCAUGGAUCCAUCAGCGAACAAAGAUGUGAGCAAUAACAGUAAUGGUGGCGGUGUGCACACGCCGCAGACACCAACCACGCCAGCAAUCAAUUUCUACACAGUGAAUGAGUUGGAGAAAUUCAGUUGUUAGUUGGGCAGCUGGGCAGCUGGGCUAACGGUCGCCAAUAUGUGCGCAUGUGUUUAUACAUUUAAUCGAUUUAAAUGUGACAGUAUGUGUCAGCAUGAAUCACACCCGGCGCGCUUAACGUAAAGCGUAUUCUAAUACGUCAUAGUCGAUUUGCGCAAGUGAUAGCUCUAACUAGUAACUACCAUGUUUAACUGUAUAAUAGUGUAUAUGGAGAACACAUUUAUAUAUAUGUAUGUAUAUAUUUACACCGUAAAACGAAUCAAAUUUUCUCAAAAGAACUGUGAUAUUAGUUAAAGUUGCUUCUAAUUGCAUUUGUUGAAUACAUAUUUAAGCAAGCUCUGUUAUUAUUAUGUUUUGCAAGUGAAUGAGAAUAACAAAAGUAACAAUCGCCAUUAGUAUAUGUACAUAUGUAAAUAUAUGUAAGUAAUUGCAGUGCGUUUGUAAAUGAAAACCAAAACACCAUAUGUAAAUAUUACUUUGUAAAUAAUAUGCGUGCGUACAUAUGUAUGUAUCAUUUCUAUUACGUAGCCUCAAUUACGUAACGUAAUGCUAACGUUAUGUGCAUACAUAAAACGACUUAGCUUUACCUUGAUUUGUAAGUAUGUAAGCGAAAGACUGAAUUAUUUGCGAAGAUAUGCAAAAACCAUAUUUUCCACUGUAAUUAGUCGGUGCUUUAAGUUUUGCUGUUAUUAAACUAUAUGUACAUACAUAAAUAUAUAUAUAUAUUAUUAUAAGUGUUUAUUUGAAAUGAAAAACAAAAUAUGUUAAACAAAUAA